AUGGCAGGUAAACCUUUUCGGUUGAAACCAGCAUUAUAUACGACGACUCUAGUUUAUAUAGCUGUACAAGUAGCUUUUCUCUCUUUUCUAUGUACUUAUUACAACUAUGGUAUCACAAAUUUAACGCGAUGGGCUGUGGAUCGACUAGACGAGUAUGAGUAUACACAUGACAAGAUUCAGUUGGUGAAAGGUUUCUGGAAAGAUACCAAAGAGAAUAUUAAGUUGCCAGCUCGCAAAGCAACGCAAGACGAUGUUAAGACAGUAGAAGCUGAAGUAAAUCUGGGGAGCGAAAUGCAGGUUUUCAACGCAGAACAGCUUGCAUUAUUUGAUGGGAGCAGAGCUUCCAGGCCUGUCUACCUCGCUAUUCUUGGGCGCGUGUACAAUGUCGACAAAGGGAAGAAACAUUAUGGAAAAGGUGGAGGAUAUCACUUUUUUGCCGGACGCGAUGCUACGCGCGCGUUUGUAAGUGGCGACUUUACUGAAGCUGGAUUGGUGGAUAACACGGACGGAUUAUCACACGAGGAUCUCCUUGGGAUUCGCGACUGGGUCUCUUUCUACGAAAAAGAUUACAAACUAGUUGGUGUUCUGAUUGGUAGAUACUACGAUUCGAACGGAAAUCCUACGAAGGAAUUGAAAGACGUGCUAGCUCGCAUGCAAACAGCUGCAGAAUGGAAACAAUCAAAGGCUGCCGAAGCUGAGGUAUUUCCACCGUGCAACAGUGAAUGGCAUCAAAACAGUGGCGGGCGUGUGUGGUGUUCAAUGAAGAGUGGUGGGAUACAACGAGAUUGGGCAGGAGUACCAAGGUUGCUUUACGAUCCUAAUACGAAACAGCAACGAUGCGCCUGUGUGAAAAAUUUUGGGCCAGGCUUGUCAUCAUAUGGUGCAAAAGGUAACAAUCGUGGUGACUUGGAUCACCCUAAUCUCAGGCAGUAUCCGAAGUGUUCACCAACUGCUAACAGCUGUCGACUUGAAAAUGACUAG